UAACCAAGCUCCAUUUAUCCCGACAUCCCUCUAACUCUCACAUGGCGUCGUCCCCCGGCUCUCGUCUUAUGAACUUGAUAAUAAGCUUCGAGAUCUGGUCACCGAGCAUGACGACGGAGAUCGUCUGACCGAACGUCCACGUUUUGACAAUAGAGGACGUGGUGAGGUCGUUCCAGCUCAGCAUCUGCUCGACGGUGACGAUGAGGUAGAUGAUCACGACGAUGCCGAAGAACGACGCUCUUCUUGGUACUAUGCGGGCCUUUCUUCUCCCCGCCCAGCUGGCCAGCAGCAAUAUGCUCCACGAUCUGCAUAAGUGCGUUUACGAACGGUUCGUCUAUGAAAGUGAAGACCACCCUCAACAGCCCGAUGGUAAACCGUUUCCUUCCAGCCCAGAUGAACUCGGCCAGCGCUGCGGAGUACAGCAGGAGCGCGAAGAUCUGCAGUCCGCGAUUCGUCGCGCUGAUCGUAUGACUGAAGACGACGAACGAGAAUUCGGAGUUGUCCGCACACUGAGGCAAGUAGGCCGUGCCACCAAAAUGGUCUACGUCGUAGUACACCAGAAUGCCAAACACGGCAGAGAGGAUCAGGUGCAGCCGCACCGCGAUCCGGGUCGUGAGCCCAAAGUCGAACUUGCUGACGCUGUAGUAGCACGCAGUGAUCGCGGUCACGAACAUCGUCACGAUUUGGGCGUCGAUGAGACUCAGACCAAGAUCGGUGUACCGGGCAUAGAGGGCGGCGAUGAUCAUUGACGUUGAUGUUACUAGGGACGUUCGGGCUGCAUCCCGGUAGCUGUCCAUGUCGUGGGGAAAGAAGAACGCCAUGAGGAAACCGAUUAUGCUAGACGCAUACAACGCUGUCCGGUUACCUAUUCCUGUAAUAUCGGGAUUCGUGGGAAACGUGGUAACAUUAAGUUGAGAGGCGCAGUUCGCUAGGUAUGCCGAAUCCAUGGUACUCCAAGAGCUCGUUGGCGACGA